CUUGAACCCUCAAUGGGUCACCGGCAGAAGCCAUUCGACUAGGUGUCAAGGUGUGAUGUUGAGGAAACGGUUUGUCGUUUUCAUUUAAUCAUGCCCAGUCUGCUCCCAGUAUUCAAAUAACCUCGAAGCUUUCUCUCCCCGUCCAAGUCUUUGUGAUAUUGACCCCUUCAAAUUCAUAUCUACCUCUCACAUCCCCAAUUCGAGAUGGCCCAACAAGUUCAAGGAAAGACGGCCAUUGUGACGGGCGCUGGCUCCGGCAUCAAUCUGGAAUUUGCGCGACUCUUGCUCGAGAAUGGAGCCAAUGUCGUGAUUGGCGAUCUGGCCUUGCGUCCGGAAGCUCAAGAUCUUGUCAACAAGUACCAGUCCCAGCCCAAGGCCGUUUUCCAAAAGACCGAUGUCACCUCAUGGGCCGACCUCAACAAUAUGUUUAAAGCUGCUAUUGACAACUUCUCUUCUGUCGACAUUGUAUGCCCAGGUGCUGGUGUAUUUGAACCACAUUGGAGCAACUUCUGGUAUCCCCCCGGAUCGGCAGAGUCAGUGGAUGAUCCUUUGGGAGGGAGGUAUAAGCACCUCGAUAUCAACUUGACUCACCCAAUCCGUGUCACCCAAAUGGCUAUCUCCCAUUUUUUGAAUGCCUCAACCCCUUCCAGCGCGUCAAACCCCAAGAGCAUUGUCCACAUCUCAAGUAUCGCUGGAGAGACGGCGUCUCUUCCAUUUCCCGUCUACCAUGCCUCAAAGCACGCAGUCCAGGCUCUGGUGCGAGCAAUGGCGCCUUUGGAACAACUUUACGGCAUUCGUGUCACUGCAGUGAUGCCCGGAAUAGUCAAGACCCCAUUGUUCACUGAAGAUCCUGACAAGUUAAAAAUCAUCAACGAGGACACCGACGAGUGGGUGACGCCCGAGAAUGUGGCCAGGAUCAUGUUGGCAUGCGUCAAAGAUCAAUCGGUCAGCACUGUCCUGGGAACCACUGCUGGCGGCAAUGAUCAGACCAUUGAUAUCCACGGAGGUAGUGUCCUCGAGGUUCUAGCGCGCACCGUCAGAGAUGUACCCAUGUUUGGCAACGUUGGGCCGUACGCGUCAGGAGCACCUGGUGCCUCGGCUAGUCAUGGAGAGCCUAUCAUUGAGGAAAUCCAGGGUUUGUUGAAGCCAGGCUGGGGUCAGGUUCAGUAGCUUGAAUGUAAAAAUCAAGCCAUGACUGUUUCUAGACAAGCAUGAAUGAAAC